AUGAAUGACAAGGACCAAAUGCCAAACACUUCCUCUGUGCUUCUAGGACCCCCUUCCAAUGCUUCGCUCCCUCCAUCCGAUGACCGUGAUGAUGCUUUGGCUCAGGCUGAAAUUGCCAUUUUGGCUUCCAUCUUCCUGCUGGCCACUCUGAGCAAUGCCCUGGUGCUUGGAGCUCUGUUCCGCCAGGGCCGCCGGGCCAGCCUGAUGCAUCGAUUCAUCCAACACCUCUGCCUGGCCGAUAUGACAGUGGCCCUCUUCCAGGUGCUCCCUCAGCUCAUCUGGGACAUCACUGAUCGCUUCCAAGGCCCCGACAUCUUAUGCCGUGCCAUCACUUACCUGCAGGUGGUCGGUAUGUUUGCCUCAUCCUAUGUUAUUGUGGCCAUGACCUAUGAUCGCUACCGUGCCAUUUGCCGGCCCAUGCUGGCUUUUCGUAGAGGGACAACCUCACGGCAUCGACCUGUGCUAUUGGCAUGGAUAGCAUCUUUCCUUCUCAGCCUCCCACAGCUUUUCAUCUUCUCUAAAACAGAACUGCCCAGCGGAGCCCACGAGUGCUGGGCAGCCUUUGCUGAACCCUGGGGAGCCCGGGCCUAUGUCACUUGGAUGACUCUGAUGGUCUUCCUCCUUCCCACCUUCUUCAUUGCCACCUGCCAAGGCAUGAUCUUCUGUGAGGUCUACCGCAGCCUGCGUUUGGGGCCAGAAGCAGCCCUGUCUCGCAGGGGGAGCCAACAAGGGCCCUCCCCUAUAUCUGGUGCUGUAGCUAAGACUCUUAAGAUGACACUGGUCAUUGUGCUCACCUAUGUAUUCUGCUGGGCUCCCUUCUUCCUAGUACAACUAUGGGCUGUUUGGGAUCCUCAAGCUCCUACUGAAGGCCCAGCUUUCACUCUCCUGAUGCUUGUUGCCAGCCUCAACAGCUGCACAAACCCCUGGGUCUAUGCCACAUUCAGCAACAGCAUCUCAAGUGAACUGCGCCGAAUCUUCUGCCCCAGAUGGGCCCAUCGGCAAGUCGGCUCCCUGUAUGAAGACUCCAUUCUCACAGGCAGCUUCUCACUGGGCCGAGACACUCUUUCCUGA